UAAUCACUCAAGAAAACCAUACUUUGACAGAAGAGGAAGCUACUAUACAAUCAAAAAAAUGAGCAAGCAUACGAACUUUAGAUGCCACAGGAUGGGUGGUCAUGAUGCGGAAGAGCUGAAGAACUUCUGGGAAAAGGUCAUCCAAGAGCAAACUAAGCAACAAGAGGCUGAAGAGUCUAGGCUAAGCAAAAGUGCCCUGAACAAACUUCGCCAGGAAUGGACUCUGCGGCUGGAAGGUCGAGUAAGGCAGGUCCAGGCGCACAUGAAAACACGGCAAGAACAAAUGACACCACUGUCUAUCGAGGCUCUUCCUACACCAGAUAAAACUGUUGCUUAAAGUUGCUGUGCAGACGCAGCAAGCACUGGGCCUAAUUCUGACCUUCUGCAUGCAUCUAGAAACCAGCAGUUACACUGCUGACCAACCAAAUGAUUAGAUUCUGCCCUUUCUCCAAAUUAUUUACUAGAGCUACUAUUAAAGUCCUAUUGAAAUUCAGUGUAAGAAUAAUGCCACAGGGGAAAAAAGCGCAAAGGAAUAGAUGAGAAGCAGACAAUUCUAAUUUUUCCAUGAUAUAUUAUUUCUGUGAUGUAUCAGGACUCUCUUAUGUAACUGCAUUUCCAAGUGACAACAACAUACUCCCAGGAAAGAGGGCAGCUUGCUUAAUAAGAAUAAUACAUUCAGACAGCUGCAUGCAAAAUUGCACAUUUACAUUUACACAGCUCGUGGAGUCUGGCUUAAUGCAGACAUAAAAUGUUUUGUCUGUCUUGAUGAGCCGUAGCAGAGGCGGUUAAGGAUUAGCCUGAUCAGCUGGCCAGGAGGAGAAACAUAUUCUUUAAUGAGGGGGGAAAAAAAACCAGCUUUCCUGAUCAACAUUUAAGAACAUUUACAGAUCUUAAUAAUUGAAUAAACAGAAAAAAAUUGCUUUUACUUUCUUGGGGUAUGCAAAAAAAAGACUACUGAGCCAGUAGUCUUUAUUGUGAGCCAGUCUGACAAAUGUUAGAGUAGUAAGAGCAAGUCAGUGUGAGAGUUUGAAAUAGAAGGCAAUGAAUCAUAACAGCACGGAAAUGCUUUGCAAAGUGUCAGUUGUCAUACCUGACAUGCACUAAUCCAAACAACUCCUGCAUCUUCUUCUGGGCUAGAUGAAACAAAGGUAGGAAUAACAAAACACAGGGUAGUAACAAUGUGCCCUAUUUACCUGUAUGUCUGUGUGUCUGAAUACUAGCCUUCUGGAUUAAAAUAUUUGUUUGUUUUCUCUUCAAAUAAACUUUGGAAAACAAGAGAAGACUCAUAAGUCUAAACAGCUAUUUUUGUCUAACAUUAUUGUGCCAGACAAAAAUUUACUUUGAAUCUAUAUUUAUACUAAAGUAGUAGAUAGGAAUUCAAAACAGAACAAAAAUUAAAUCAUCUUGACCUCACAGAAAUGCUUUUAAAAUCCUUUUAAAACAAUAUUUAAUUAAACACAAA